AUGAAUAAUUUAUAGAGUAGGAACUUCGUAGGAAAGAAGAUUGAUGAUUAUAUCCUUGUAGAUGUAUUAGGCACGGGAGCCUUUGGAUAAGUUUUUUCAGCUUAGAAUAUAAUUACCAAAGAAUCAGUGGCCAUAAAGUCUGUGCCAAAAUCCAAAUUGAAGGAACAUAAUGGGCUGGUUGGAUAAUUAUUAAAGACAGAAGUUCAAGUGCUAGCUCAAUGCAGCAAUAUUAAUGUGGUUAAAAUGAAUAAAUACUUGGAGAGUGAAAAUAAUUGCUAUAUAGUGAUGGAAUAUUGCAAUUAAGGAGAUCUUGAAUAAUUGUGGAAGAAAAAGAAUAGAAUAAUUCCAGAAGUGGAGGCCAUCCAGUAUAUCAAAUAGAUAUUAAAUGGUAUGAGGGGAUUGCAUGAAAUGAAUGUAAUUCAUAGAGAUUUAAAAUUGCCAAAUAUACUAAUCUCUAAUAAUGUUCUAAAAAUAGGAGACUUGGGCUUUGCCAAAAGAAUGGAGAGUUUGGAUGGAGUAGUCAAAGAAGCAUUAGGUACUUUAGGCACUAUGGCACCUGAAAUCAUUGAAUUUAAACCAUAUGGAAUUCUUGCUGAUAUGUUUUCUAUCGGAGCCAUUUACUAUCAAAUGCUUUUUGGAGUUCUUCCCUUCAGUAUUAAAAGCUACAAUGAUUUCUUGAAAGAUGUCAAAACAAAUUAGCCUAAUUUUACAAGAAAUAACAUUAAAAUAUCUAAGGAAUCCUAGGAAUUAUUAUUUAGAAUGCUAAAUCCAGAACCUAAAUUAAGAUUGUAAUGGAAUUAGUUGUAUGAGUCACCUUUGUUUUCCAACCAAGUUGUAAACCCAGCCUUGUGUUAAUUAACAGUGGAAUAAGUGGUGGCCAAAUAAGUAGACUUGAAAAUGAAUAAGUAAGUCUAUUAGUAGAACAAAUAAAAAUUCGAGAACAUCACAAAUUAGGAUAUGAUAAAUAAAUUAUAAUUUGAUGUUCCAAAGUUAGAACACAAAUAAGUCAUGGAUAAUUCUAAUGAUGAAAAACUAUUAUAGGAGGCUCUUUAAUAAAAAUAACUUUAGUAAUAGAAGACUAAUGAUCUCAACAAUGUAUUUGAGAAAUAUCUUAAUGAAAGAAAUACACUUGUAUUUUUGGGCACUGUCCUAAAUGAAAUUCAUUAAAGGAAACACACUCAAAAUACUAAUGUGUUUCUUCCUGCUUUCAUUAUUUCAAAGAAAUUAAUUAUUGAAAUGAAUCGUUUCUUAGAAGUUUUAAAAACACAGAGAAAUAUUUAUUAAUGCUCAUAUUUCUUUGAGCUUUACACCUUCCCAUAAUUCAUUGCCUUCAUUAAAUUAUGCGAAGAAGAUUUCUAGAUCUAGAUGACUCAUUUCUAAGUUAUUCAAUCAUAAUUGCAAACUAUAUUGUUUCAAAUGUAGAAUCAAGCCAAUGAAAAAUAUAUAUCAGAAUUGUAACCUGCACCAACUGGAUAAUUUGAAGAGAAUUACCGUGAUAUUUUGAUCAAUUAUUACAUGCAAUUAUAAGAUGAAAAGGGGGAGAGUGAAGAUUAAGACAAUGCUAUAAAUAACUUGUCUAUUUAUGUUUUGGAUACCAUAUUAUUUGAUAGAGAUGUCAAAAAAUAACUAUUGAACUAAAAAGUUGAUGACUAUCUAGAGAAGUUUAACUUCUUGACUAGCAAAGAAAAGGAAGAGAUGAUAGCUUAAAAAUUUUAGCAAAUAUAUUCAUUUUGA